AGAUAGGUGGUGUCUCUAAUCAUCAGGGCAGCAAAGAAAAGGAUAGCUUGCUGCUGGUUGUUGUUGGGGUCGAGUGUAGAAAAGGAUAGCUUGCUGCUGGUUGUUGUUGGGGUCGAGUGUAGUGUAAGAUGGGCAGACGCCCGUUUUUUAGGACGCUCAGCGGCACCUUCUCGUCCAAUAAGGCCACUACGAGCAACGAGGACAAAAAUGAGGGCAGCAGCAAGCAGCAGCCCUCCAAGCGACCGUCAACCGUGGGAGGAGGAGAAGACGUCGGCGUGAUUCGAAGAGCUUCGUUCAUGGCGCGGCCCAGGCACAAGCAGCAGCAGUCGGCAGGAGCAGUAGCAGCGCCAUCAAGAUCAUCAUCCCAGUCUCCCGCUCUGGCACGUGCAUGA